GUUCCGAAUAUGACGAAUAUGGCGACAUCUGCUGGGACUUCAGUGGCGCGGCAUUGGCAGUCGCGGGCGGGAACAGGAAUGGGUUGUUGGAUCUGCUGGUCACGACGGGACAAACGCAGACCGACGAGUCUCGCAUCUUCGUGUUAUCCUGGCACUUUACGAAGCAGCUGGUGGAGAGGACCGGUGGAUACACCCUCUUCCAUAUCAAUCGCAACAGGGCGCACCCUGUUGUUGCAGAUUGGGAUGGAGAUGGCAUUACGGACUUGGUCCUCGGGUCGGAGUUCGGAGUCAUCGAGGUCUUUCCACGCCGAGUGGACGGCAGCUUGGGUGCGCCGGAAAAAAUCCUCCAGCUGACGGAUACUCCCCAUGCCCAGCCCGUUGUCGUUGAUUUCAACAACGAUUCUCUCAAUGAUAUCCUGGUUGUUGACGGCACGUGGGAGGGAAGCGAGCUUCUCUAUUUCGAGCGCCUGCCGAACGGAAGCCUGGAAGAGAGGUUCCGGCUCACACCCAAUUGGACACUCUGCUCUGCAGUAGCUGUCGCAGACUGGAGCGAGGAUGGCUAUUUGGAUGUGCUUCUGCCUUGUAGCAACGACACUGGGUCAUCACUGCUGGUGUGGCAGUUCUUUCAGCAGCUUCCCAAUGGCUCCUUCCAGCAGCGUACAGCGCCCAUAGCUGAUUUGCACGAUGUCUCCUCUGGCCUCUAUUCUGUGUCUUUGCAAGCGAUCGACUUGAAUUCGGAUGGGACGAUGGACUUGCUGAUGCUGGACGGUUGGGCUUGGCGGAUCUUUCUGUCUCAGCCGGAUGGACAGUUGCUGGAAGUGAAUGUCAGUCAGUCGGUUGAUCUUGUCGGAGAGUUGCCAGAGCUGGAUUAUGGAGACAGCUUUUUCUUGGCGGACUGGGACUCGGAUGGCGACCUGGACCUCUUGGCGGGUGCCCUCCACGGGGACGGAGGGUUCGCAGUGCGUCACUUCGACAACGGUUAUUGUCGACUAGAGCAACCCUGCACCGGCCGUGGUGCCUGUGGCCACUCCUCAGGCAAGUGCAUGUGCUUCGCGGGGCAUUCCCUCUCUGAUUGUUCCGCGUGCAGCCAGGGAUACCUGGAUCCAUCGAAGGUCAAC